GCGGGCCCGGCUUCCCCGCCCGGCCGCGCGUCCUUCCCCCUUCGGGCGGGCCAUGCCCGCCCCCUCCGCGGAGAGCCCGGGAACCCGGGAACCCCAGGCCCGAGACACUUGGUGUCCGGGAGUCCCGGGCCCGGGCUCGGCUGGUGGGGCGCGAUGGCGACAUGGCGACGUGACGUCCGGUUGACUGGAAGCCAGCGGCUGCUGUGCGCGGGGCUGGCGGGCGUGCUCAGCUUGAGCCUCACCGCGCCGCUGGAGCUCGCCACCGUGCUAGCCCAGGUCGGCGUGGUGCGGGGUCACGGCCGGGGGCCCUGGGCCGCGGGGCUUGGCGUGUGGCGAGCCGAGGGGCCCCGAGCUCUAUGGAAAGGGAACGCGGUGGCGUGCCUGCGCCUCUUCCCUUACAGCGCCGUGCAACUCACUGCCUACCGCAAGUUUGUCGUACUCUUCAUGGAUGACCUGGGCCAUAUAUCCCAGUGGAGUGCCAUCAUGGCUGGAAGUCUCGCAGGCAUGGUUUCCACCAUUGUAACGUAUCCUACAGACCUCAUCAAAACGCGCUUGAUUGUGCAGAAUAUGCUGGAACCAUCUUAUAGGGGGAUCCUCCAUGCUUUUUCUACUGUUUAUCAACAGGAAGGAUUCCUGGCCCUUUAUCGAGGAGUUUCCCUUACAGUUUUAGGUGCUCUCCCUUUCUCUGCUGGCUCUCUUCUAGUUUACAUGAAUCUGGAGAAAAUCUGGAAUGGACCCCGAGAUCGCUUCUCUCUCCUCCAGAACUUUGCCAACAUCUGCCUGGCUGCUGCGGUGACCCAGACCCUCUCCUUUCCCUUUGAUACAGUGAAGAGGAAGAUGCAGGCUCAGAGCCCCUUCCUUCCCCGCUGUGGAGGAGUAGAUGUCCAUUUCUCAGGAGCCACGGACUGCUUCCGGCAGAUAGUGAAGGCCCAUGGGGUACUGGGACUCUGGAAUGGAUUGGCAGCCAACUUACUGAAGGUUGUUCCAUAUUUUGGAGUUAUGUUUGGUACCUUUGAGUUCUGCAAGAGAAUUUGUCUUUACCACAAUGGUUACAUUGUGUCUCCUCUGAGCUAUAAAUUGACCCCAGGGGUGGAUCAGAGUUUGAAACCCCAGGAAUUACGGGAAAUAAAGAAGUUCUUCAAAACUGGAAAACUAAAUUCUAGAAAACCAACUCUUUAAAACUGAAUGGAACUAGAAGUGCACUGAUCGAAGGCGUUUUGCAAUCACGGAUAAAUUUAGCUUCAAAAUUGCACAACUGUGGAGUGAGGAGAGGAUACUCCUGUCUGCUGCUCUGGAAAAUGAGAAGACUCAGCAAUACGCCACCUCUGAGCUCCAAAUUGAUGUCCCUGGGAACACCUGCAGCUCAGGAAGGUUUCCCAACAUGACCGUCUCCUGAUGGCAUUCCACCAGAUUUUAUAACAAAAGCUAGCAGUAAUGAUAUGUGCUAUUUACACAAUACCAAAGAAAGGGCAUUCCUAUGACACCUCAAAGCAACAUGUAGUUGAAGCGGCUGAGCAGAGACCACGUCAUGCUCUCAGUCACAGCGUCACAGCUUGUACUAACCCACAUCAGCUUAGUUUUGCUCAAUUUGACCUGAGGAUUCCUAAUAUAAUCGCUCUGGAACUCAUAAGCUUUGCUGACUUCUGAGUGCACACACCACAGUGUAAAUUAUGCCUUCUCAGAAGCUAACUGAAAAUAUUCAACGUUUAAAAGUUAUGAGUGUCAUAGUAGAACCAUCCUUCAGCUAAAUUUGAAGCAUCCCAGGCUUAAAUCUUGUUUCAGGAAGGCAGUUUUUAUCAUGACUGCCUAAUUAUGCUCCAAAAGGCCUUCUUUGAAUUGCAGUCAUGUACAGUGUAAGUGGCCUGAAUUCUCUGCCUUUUUUACUUGCUUUGCAAGCCUACCCUGAAAAUAAAUUAUUUAGUCAACUUAAGUUAUUCUCAGAAGAUGUCCCAGUUGCCUAGAAAGGAUCAAAUAGAGCAUUUGACACACAUACCAAAAAAACAUAAAUAACUGAGCAAACACUUCAUGUCUACCAGAUUUUUAAAAAAUCAAAUUUUGGAUUGUUCCACCUUGGAGAUUCUAUGUCAAGUUUAUAGAACUGUACUUUCAAAUAGUGCCUGUCUUUGCAUUAAAAAUAUCUAAUAUUAUGAUACUAAUUUAUACAUACGCAAGUAUGUUAAAAGUAUUUUCCCUAUUAAACCUUUUUAUUUCCAAAUAAAAA